AUGAUUCCGUACGUUUUGGCCUUGUGCCUUAAUGUUUGUUUAGCACUAGCUGCCAGCAGAACCUCGGCUCCGAGCGGUGCCCUCGUCGUCUCCAUAGCUCCCGCCAAAGGCCAAUACUCCAAGAUCCAAGAUGCAGUAAAUGCCCUCUCGACCUCAUCCACCACAGCCCAAUCCAUCUUCAUCGAAGCCGGCACCUACAACGAACAAGUCUACAUAGCACCUCGCAAAGCUGCACUCACCAUCUAUGGCUACUCAGCGAACACAGACGACUACAAUCAAAAUGUCGUUACUAUCACGCAGAAAUUGUCGUUGAAUGAGGUUGCUACUGAUGACUUGACUGCUACAUUGAGAGCUUGGUCUACAAACUUCAAGCUGUAUAAUGUCAAUUUGGCGAAUACUUAUGGAGAGGGCAAGCAAGCUCUUGCUCUCAGCGCCUCAGCUGCUGUAUGUCAUUCCCUUUUCAUGCCUCCUCACCUCCAUCUCCAACUCACUGACACCUGUGUANNGAAUCAAGGCUACUACGCCUGUAAAUUCCUCGGCUACCAAGACACAAUCCUCGCCCAAACCGGCACCCAACUCUUCGCAAAAUCGUACAUCGAAGGUGCUACAGACUUUAUUUUCGGCCAACACGGUCUAGCCUGGUUCUCUCACUGCGACAUCCGCGUGUUGGCUGCAAGUCUAGGUUUCAUCACAGCCUCAGGCAGAGCUUCCAAUGAAGCUGGUUACUAUGUGUUGGAUCAUUGUUCUAUUGCUGCUAAGAGUGGGGUUACCGUGCCGAAGGGUGCGUAUUAUCUAGGCAGGCCUUGGGGUGAUUAUGCGAGGGUUGCUGUGCAGUACACGACCAUUACCAAUGUUGUUAAUGCGGCGGGUUGGCAUGUUUGGAGUACUACGCAGCCGAAUACUGAUCAUGUGAGCUUUGGCGAGUAUGGCAAUACUGGGGAUGGUGCUGCUGGGACUAGAGUCAUUGGGACUAAGUUGAGCAAGGCAGUCGCCAUUACUGAUGUUUUGGGCAGUGGGUAUGCUAGUGCUGGAUAUGUCGACAAGUCGUACCUGUGA